AUGGCCUCGUUCGAAUCGCUUGAAUCAGUUCAAAGAAGUAUUGAGUUACAGAAGGAGUUAUUACAAACAACAGACGUCUCCAUUAAAAGAAUUACAGGAAGGUCCCCAGAUGCCGAAAGACGAAAUAAUGCUGAUGCACCAAGCGGGACUACUCGGCGCUUUGCCACAAAUGGUCCACCGCCGACUGUCUUCUCUCGAAUCGAUACGAAUUCUGGAAUCAUUCGUGAAAACAAAGUUCCUCGUUUUGAAAAGCCUGAUGAUGAAAUAAAGGUAUCACUCCCGUCCUCUGUGGUGCGUGUUGGUGAGAAGCGCUCUCGGUCUGAUGCAAUUAAGGAAUAUAAAUCUUCGGAUAAGGAAAGGUACCAUCCGUUCACCACUAUCACUUUCGAUGUUUCUCUCAUAAGCAUUAAUCUGCACUUGCACAUGGUGUUGUCCCCCGAAUUCCCAACUUUAUUUGCGCUGCUCGGCUUCGUAGUUGGUGUCUUUACUAAGAAUAAUUGGCGUAGUCUUAGCGCUUAUUGCUUCUUCGUUUUCCCGCCUAGGGGUCGUCGGAUGUUUGGCGUGUUACAGGCAACACUGACCCAGUUCAAAGCCGAAUGUACCGGCGGGGGUAAUGAGGAUCGAAAGCAACAACAAAGGCGCGAGAUCGAGUCCCGCAUCGAUGCGAAGGCUGCUGAGGAAAAAGCCGCAGCUCGGCAAGAGCGUGCUGAUCUUUUCAGGCAACGCAAGCAGCAGCAAGUGGAAUUAGGACUGCUCCAGCAAAAGAUGAGAAUGAUGCAUGAGUUUGAAGCCUGGAAAGAGGAGAGGCUGAAGAUGGUUGGCUUCAUCCGAACGACCCACUCUCCGGCCAUAUUUUAUCGGCCAAAAGUGGACAAUGCUGAAAGUGAAUCCCGGAAGGACUCCUCCAAGGCGAAAAUCUUGGAACUCAUUGAUGAACGCAGGCGGCACUUGGAGGCGGAGUACGCGGACAUGGCGUCUGCUCGACGGAGACGUCUCGGCAUAACCCCCCCAGCCGCCGCCGCCGACAACGACGACGCGCCCUCUGCCGCCUCAGCUCCCGCGAUGCCCUCGGACGCCUCGCCGGAGCGCCAAGUUCAUAUCACCAAGAAACAACCGACAGCAGCGCCGGCCCCAGCGCCCGCCGACUUCGACGACCUCGAAGACGAGCCUGUUCUGAUGGACGAGGAGGAGCCCGAUCGUCGUAUGGCGGAGGGCGCGUCAGUGCCGGCGGGCGGGAUGCCCGCUCAGCUGCUGGAGCGUCUGGCGGCGCGCGAGGCGCAGCGCAAGGCCGCGGAGCACAUGAGCCGUCGGGAGAGGCGCACUGUCGGCGAGGGUCUGGGUGGCACCGGCGUAGACAUUCAACUGCCUCCGCUGCGCCUCGAGCCGCUGAACGACGACGAGGCGCCCGUCUUCACCUCCCCCCUGCACAACACCCCGUCCUUCUUCCUUGAGCACAUGGCCCGUGCUAAGGCCCUGCUUCUCGGACGAAUCAAUCGAUUCUGUGAGGCGUGCUCAACUGCCGAGGACAGUCCGUCUCCCUCCGAACGCACCAAGGUUAGUGCUGCAUUCCUACCUUGCCUCUCUUCUCCCUCCACACCAAGUUUCAAUGCACCUAUCGUAGGCGAUAUGUGGUUUGGACGUGCCGAGAUGGUUACGAUCUCCCCACGUUGUGGAAUCAAUCGGGCCUUUACCAUCGACCUGUCACACGAUAAACUCGAAGUGGUGGUUGCGCAGGCUUGUCUACAAAAAAAUCAUUUUUUUUCUCCGCGACAGACACUUGACGAUCUUCUCAGCCAAAUAGAGGAGCUCCAGCGGUGGUUCAGUGAGUCCUCGCCACACCUCAAGCCAUUCCACGUGGAACAGGCCAGGUUGGACGUCGAGGAAAUCAAGGCUCGGUUCCACGAAGUUCGCGAAACGGUCCUCCCCAAGAAGAAGUUCAAGUUUGGUAACAAAACCACGACUGAUGCCACGAAGCCAAAGCACUCACCUCAGCAAGCAGUCAGCCCUCUCAAAGCGCCAGUUGCUGGCGUCGUUGCCGUGGCGCCGUCGAAGUUCACUUUCUCAAACCUAGUCGACAGGGACGAUCUUCGUUUGCCGGCUCCCGGUGACCCAGCCGACGCCCUCCGUGACCAGUCCAUCUGCCUGUCCGAUCUGACGCGUUGUGUUGUCCACGUGGAGUCUAUCUCUGGCAACCUCAUGAUGAAUCGUCUAACCGGUUGCACUGUCUACACCAGACAGCCCGUUGCUAGUUCCGUGCUUCUGCGCAACUGCACCGACUGUCGAUUCGUGCUCGCGUGUCGCCAGCUUCGAAUUCACCAGACGCGCGACACUCGGCUGGACAUCUUUGUGCCCAGCGCUCCCAUCAUUGAGGACUCCUGUCGCCUGACUGUUGGGCCCUACACGUCGUGCCCCUCGACAAGGGAAGUUUUCGGGGAGGCUGAGAACCAUUGGAACCACGUGCAGGACUUUAGCUGUCCCACACUUGUUGCAGAGAACGCCACCAAGUCUCCCAACUGGAGUCUUUUGCCUGAAAGUGAUUGGUUAAGAGAUAACCAAUGA